CCAGCAGGGAGAAAAGAGCAAAUGCAUCAGAUUUCCGCUGAUUCAGCAGCAAGAUUGAUUCUAACGCUGAUCUACUUCGUUGUGGUAGCCUAUCUUCACCAAAGCACGGCUCACUCUGUUCCGUUUUCAAGACAUAGGCACGCGUUAGGCGAAUACUGGUAGUUCGUUUUUCGUCCGGAGUUUGAGCAUCAACACGCUGACCUGCAGUCAUGAAGCCCGCUCACCACCAUGAAAGCCAUCAGCAGGAGAGUGAGCACAAGAAGAACGUGCAGAAGGGGAUAGAGCGCAUGGAGCGUCACUCGGGUACCGGAAAUCGCGGAGAUCCGAAAAAGGGGGGAGGCGGCGGGAAGCACACCUGGGGGGAAGUCGGAGCGGAGUUCGAGCCCGUGGCGGCCGCGUUGGAUAAGAACGACCCCAACUACGACCCGGAUGCGGGCGAGGAGCAGCUCGAAGAGAGGUUUACUGAACCGUUGGAGAAGCUGGAACCCAAGAAGGUCGUCAUGGACUGACGGCGGACUCCAGCCAUGGGACCAUGCAGUCAAAUUGCUGGGAAUUUCGUCGCUGGGGUCAUCACCUGCUGCAUGCUUCAUACACUUGCCAGAUUGUAAACGCCUGACAUAGGCCUAGGAGGAUCUGGGAUUAUUGUGGUGCACCAAUACUGUAUAGAUGGCUUACUGGGAGACCAGCAGAUGCCAGUGCAAGAGAGGCACUGCCAGGACGUGAGCAUUCAGAAUGCAAUUGGAUGGGUAGGUAGCAAAUGGAAGGCGGGGAUGACUAAUGGCACCUCAUCAGAUGGUAACUUCUGCUCCUGCACUUGUCUGUGUUGCUCAGACAUUCGUUCAUCAUCAAGGAUAAUGGUCCCACAAAAACAUUAUGGCUGU